AAUUGUUCUUGUUAUGUAUUCCACAUCAAGAGGACAUGUUCCAUUCAAUAAGCAGAUUCGGAAGUGUGAUGAUCUCUGGGUCAGUCUGAGUCACUGGUUCUCUGAAACCCUUAGCCUUAACUACACCUUGUAAAGGUGUGUUUUCCUUUCUCAUCGUAGACUUAAGUAAGAUUUCUUGGACCAAGGCCAUAGUCAACAACAUUUUAGUGUAAUAGGUCAAAACUUACUCAGCACUAGAAGAGAUUUGGACAAGACUAAGAAAAGGCUAUUUCCCUUUUGAUUUGACCAUUAAUGGUUCAUUCAUGGCAAGAUCACAGAUUUCAUCAGAUUAUGCAAUGAAUAAAAAGAUAGCAUUGAAGAAAAAGACACCACUAUGUGCGCGAUGCAAGCACCAUGGUGUUCGGACCACACUGAAAGGGCAUAAAAGAUUUUGUAAGUGGAAGGAUUGUGAGUGUCAAAACUGUAUUUUGAUAACUAAGAGAAGACGGAUAAUGGCUGCCCAAGUAGCUAUAAGACGGCGAACAAAUGAUCGGCUGCUUGUGGAGGAUUCGCAGCAGACAGCGUGUAAACAAGAUUUUCGGUCUUCACGUGCCCUACCCAAAAACUCCUCAGACCACCCAGAACCGUCGGGCUUUAAGGCAGCUCCACGACUUGCCGACUGCAACAGGGUAACGAGAAGUUUGGGGAUUCUUGCAAGCCUAUUCCCAGAUGUCUCUGAGAUAUUCCUAUCGACUCUGUUAGAAGCACGUGACUUUGAUCUGUUGUCAACCCUUGAGACAUUGAUUGGCAUGGCCAGACAAGGAAACAUUGUUCUCGGUUCAUUUCCCUCUGUCAUAAUACAUCCAGUCAUCACACUGGCAGGCAACACACAACCGUGGAAUGACUAUGCUGCAGCUCAGGCUUUGAUGUCUCUUUCCAGUUAAUGGAGAAGUUUCCAUGGACACCAGAAAGGGUUUUUUGUGUAUUGUCACUCUUAAGCACUAUUUGGAGUGUAACAGGUUUAGUUUUCAAAAUAGUUGUGUUCAAUGAUCUUGAAAAACAGACAUUAUUUUGUAUAGUUUUCUUAAACAUUGUGUUGAUGGCUGGCCAUUUAUAAAAAAAAAAUGCCUGUUUUCCACGCAUGGUUGCAUUGAACUGUUGUUUUCUGGGUACCAAGCAGAUUGCACAACUGAAAAAAAUGUUAGACACAAAUGGUAAUAAUUAAAUUGUUUAAUGUCUUGGCUUGCUGGCAAGUUUGUAUUAAGGUUGAUUUAAUUAGAGCUUCAUGAAACAGAGUACAUAUUACCCUUUCAACCAAUUUUGAAUA